CUCGUCCCUUAGCCUUGCCUGCUAGCUUGCAAUAAAGCACCGGACGUAUCGUCCUCCGCUGUGGAGCCUGGAGUGUGUCUGGUGCAGUACAGUGCCUGUUUAGCCAAAAAUGACGUUCGCGUUGUCGAUAGUGUUCAUUGCAGGAAUAAUCCGUUCAUCAUGUGUCUCGGACAAAGGCUUGUGUUCAAUGCUCGACCAAACGUAGACUCGGAGCUUCUCUGACUGUGAUCCAACCGCUGGCAACGCGAUGUUCCGUCCGUCUCUGCGGUCGGGAUCGAGUGCACGGCUCUAGACUUUCCUCGGACUCCAAGACGAGGAUGCAAUGUCUGUGCUCACGACAAGGACGUUCGUUUCUUGAGGUUGAGAGGGAUUUGGUCUGAGACUACUUGCGAAGGAGACGCUGGGGAAGGCACAGAGCACUCUGGACUAUUCACAAGUUCCGGCACAAGUGGAAUGGUACAGACGACGUUAAAUUCGGGUUUCAGUAGGAGAGUCAUCUGCUGCAGCGAGACGUGUGUCUGCUUCGGUUUGUGGGUUAUUAUAGACGUUAUUGAGUAGAUGAGCAUCCACGAAGUAAUUGGCGAUACGAACCGUCGGAAUCGGAAAGUCGAGGACUUAAGGUGCAGCGCCAAGAUUGCGGCCUUCGAGGACGAGGUGGACGAAGCCAAUCCACAAAUUGAACAGGACUUUGAUGCACGGACAAAACAUUGUCAAGAUUUUGAGUUGAAGCAAGAGGUGGUAGUAAUUCCUUCCGUAAACGACGAAGCAACUCAAGCAGCAGCCGAUGUGGCCGCCAGGAGAAAGCAGCUUUUUCAGCAAUUUGAGAAAGAAAGACAGUUGCUACUUGAGAGACUGCAGCCUGAAGAGAUGAUCAAAGCCAACAACUCCGACAGUUUUGAUGAAGUUCGGUGUGCGGAUGAAAUGUACUGUUCUAAAAGAGAGGAGCAUAUAGAUAUUGGCACUGACACGAGGACCAAGGAGUUUGCCCUGCCCGUUGUAAAGAAGGGGACCGACUCGGAGCUAGAUCCUACCAUGGCUUAUGAAGAGAAAUCAGAGAAGCUGCAAUGGGAACAAGAAGAUCAUUUCAGUUCCUCUGUCCUAUCUAGAGCAAAACUACCGGACUUUUCAGAGUUUAGCUUGCUCUCCCAUUAUCUUCCUUCUGCGCUGGAUGACAGAGGAAAUUCCACGGAAUUAGAGCUCGAAGAACUUUCACGGCAGGUUCAAGUCCUUGUGCAUCAACUGGCUGGUUGUCGACAAAACCUUCUACGAGCGGAAGUGGAGGUGGGUGUGCUUCAUGCAGAAAACCGUGAGCUUCGGAUCCUCAUCAAAGACCUUCUGGCAGCUUACUCAAGACCCUGCAGUUGAGAGGGAGCGUUGGAAAGAAGCUGGAAGGUUUUCCGAGUUGUAAAUUCUUCUCUCGAUCACAAGCUCAAGCUGGAGAACUCAAGUCUGACAGUUACCCUAUAGCACCAGAGGCGUUGUUCCCCGACUGCAUUCUGGAAAUAGCGUUGCAAUGUGUGCGACUUUUGGCAUACUAAAAGUUGAAAUUUGUUUCUCCCUUCAAGGGAAGACGUUACCUAAGGUGUAGGAUAGUAGUUUUCAGUAGGUAAAGGCUCUACAAUUUUUCAGUGUACAUUAUUUUAAAUCGUAAGGUGAAUUUCGAUGGGCGCAGUCUUUUGCUUUCACUAUAGGUGAUUCCGACUAAAUUACUCACGAAAUGGGGCAGAGUACGCGUGCGCCUUUGUCCCCAUUUGUUCAUUAGAACUUAGAUUUGAUUUCCUGGUCGUCGUUCUGCGUUCCACGUCUCCAUCUCUCACUAUCUUGCAAAAUGAUUCCUUUCUAGUGUCUUCUGUAACCAGCACACUCUGCGCAUCUAAAUGAUGAGAAAGAGGAGUCGCUGACACCACAGGAGUGCGCUGCUUGAGUAUGUCGACGAUAUGUGGAAAUAGAAUAUAUGUAGUUCGUGUGAGGUUAAUGAGCGAGAGGGGUUUUUUCUAUGCAAUUUGAUUAAUUUCACAACUUUUACGAGACAGCUAACUUUA